GGUAAAUGUAGGAGGCAGCGAGCGGUAUGUAUGGUACCUCUAUUCGCAAAUAAUAAGAAAAAUUGGCAAACUUUGAGCAGAGCAAUAGCUUAGAGAGAGAGAGAGAGACCCUAAGGCUAAAACCAUUAAGCGCGCACACAGACCCUGAGAGACACCCUCCGUUUUUGCAGGUUUGAAAUUAUCAAAUGCUCCAAUCAUUAGAGAAAUAGGAUAAUUUUCGUCAUUGUGUUGCAUACCAUUUGGGUUUUAUAGUUGUACCAUACUUUAGUAUGAGUGGUGCGCCUAAAAGAUCUCAUGAAGAGAGUGGCCAUUCCUCCUCUUCAAAAUAUCCACAUGAAGAUUCCAGUUCAUACCCAAAGUUGUCAUCAACAGUUUCCACCGAGUAUCACCCACCAUAUGAGAUUAGUCAAGAUGCUCGAUUGCCAAAAAUCCCUCGCACUGAUUCUCGUGAUGUGGAUAGAAGAUCUCCUCUGCAUUCAGUGUACCGGGUGCCAUCAUCUUCAAAUGAUUCACACGUAGAUCAUGCUUCUGCUUCUGAGACUAGGCUGGAAUCAAGAGAUUCCAAGGAUAGCAGAGAUCACCGGUUUGAGAACCGAGAUACUAAGACAGAGAUUAGGGAGUUAUAUGGUGAGGUGCGGAGGGAGUCUCAAAAUGUGAAGGGUGAAAAGGAUGUUAGAUAUGAGACUAGAGGAGAUGAUACUAAGGAGACAAAAUAUGAUAGAGAAGGUUAUAAUGAUGCAAAGAGUGAUGUUAAGGUGGAAAAGGAUGCUUAUGGAGUUUCAAGCAGUCACUUGAAUUGGAAAGAAUCAAAAGAAUACCACAGAGGGAAAAGAUAUCCCGAUGCCCCACCUGGAAGUACAGAGCCCUGGAUUUCACGCACAAAUUCCCAAGGCCAUGUUGAGGUUGGAAAGGAAGGCUUAACCACCGAGGAAAGGGAUCAUGUGGAAGCACAUGAGGCUGUUGGGGAAAACAAAUUCGAUUCAAAAGGGGAGGACAAAUUCAAAGAGAAGGAUAGGAAAAGGAAAGAUGUGAAGCACCGAGAUUGGGGAGAAAGAGAUAAGGAAAGAGGUGAUCGUAGGAGCAGUAUGCAAGUAGCUAACAGUGGUAGCGAGUGCAAAGAAUCAGCAAAGGAAGAAAGAGAUGCAGAGAGGUGGGAGAGAGAGAGGAAUGAUCCUAUAAAAGACAAGGAAAGACUAAAAGAGAGAGAAAGGGACCAUACAAAGAGAGACUCAUGGAAUGGAGUAGACAAAGAGAGCUCACAUAAUGAGAAGGAUUUGGGGGAUGGUUCCAACAGAGUGCCUGAGCAGGACAAUCAAGCAUCAGAGAAGAAACAGAAAGAGUUUGAUGGCUGGAAAACUGCUGAUAAAGAAUCUAGAGAUAGGAGGAAAGAUAGAGAUGGUGACGCUGAUGGUGAUAGACAAGAAAAGCGAAGCAGGGGGUAUGACAAAGAAUCGGAUGAUGGAUGUGCAGAUGCUGAGGGCCUUCCAGAAAGGGAAAGGGAGGUUCAUAAUUAUGGAGUUCAGCAGCGCAAAAGGAUGCAACGGUCUAGGGGUAGCCCACAAGUGGCAAAUCGUGAGCCCCGUUUUAAGCCCCGUACUCAAGACAAUGAAGGAUCACAAGGUAAAGCUGAAGUGUCCUCCGUUAUUUAUAAAGUUGGUGAAUGUAUGCAAGAAUUGAUAAAAUUGUGGAAGGAAUAUGAAGCAUCACAAGCUGAAAAAAAUGGUAAAAGCUCUCAUAGUGGUCCUACUCUUGAAAUCCGUAUACCAGCUGAACAUGUUACUGCCACAAAUCGCCAAGUUAGAGGUGGCCAAUUAUGGGGGACAGAUAUAUAUACGGAUGACUCAGAUCUUGUUGCUGUUCUCAUGCAUACUGGCUAUUGCCGCCCUACAGCUUCCCCUCCUCCUCCUGCUAUCCAGGAGUUACGUGCUACUAUCCGAGUGUUACCUCCACAAGAUUGUUACGUUUCUACUCUAAGAAACAAUGUUCGUUCUCGUGCUUGGGGAGCUGCAAUUGGUUGUAGUUAUCGUGUUGAGCGGUGCUGCAUUGUAAAGAAAGGAGGUGGAACCAUUGAUCUAGAGCCUUGUCUUACACAUACAUCUACAGUGGAACCUACUCUUGCUCCUGUGGCUGUUGAGAGGACUAUGACCACAAGAGCUGCUGCUUCGAAUGCUUUACGGCAACAAAGAUUUGUACGAGAAGUUACAAUACAGUACAACCUCUGCAAUGAGCCUUGGAUCAAGUACAGUAUAAGCAUAGUUGCUGACAAGGGUCUCAAGAAACCCUUAUAUACAUCUGCACGCUUGAAAAAGGGUGAAGUAUUGUAUUUAGAAACACAUUCGUGCAGGUAUGAGCUCUGCUUUACUGGAGAGAAGAUGGUCAAAGCUACACAAUCUUCUCAGGCACAUGAAGCAGAAACGGAGAAGUCUCAAAAUCAUCAUUCACAUUCCACAAAUGGUGAUAGAAUUGAAUGUGACAAUGUGGUAAUCGAUGCAUUCCGAUGGUCUCGUUGUAAGAGGCCCCUUCCCCAGAAAGUCAUGCGUUCCAUUGGGAUCCCAUUGCCCCUUGAGCAUGUGGAGGUGCUGGAGGAGAACCUUGACUGGGAAGAUGUACAGUGGUCGCAAACUGGUGUUUGGGUUGCUGGAAAGGAAUAUACGUUAGCACGGGUUCAUUUUCUAUCCAUGAAUUAGCCAAAAGUUAUACAUGGUUUUAUCUUUAUUUCAUUUUUAUUUUUCUUCACAUGUAUUUAGUAGAACUUGAUGUCCUGAUUUCUAAUUGGGGCGUAUGUGUAUACUGAUUCAAUGUAAGGGAAUAAAGGAUAUGUAUUUCAUAAAA